AAACGUACUCAUACAGGUGAAAAACCAUAUCACUGUGAUAUCUGUGGUAAAUCUUUCACUCGAAGUGAUAGCCUGACUUGUCACAUUCGUAUUCAUACAGGAGAGAAACCAUAUCAGUGUAAUAUUUGUGGUGAGUCAUUCUCUGAAAGGGGUAAUUUAGCUAAACAUAAGUAUAUUCAUACAGGAGAGAAGUCAUAUCGCUGUGAUAUCUGUGGAAAAUCAUUCUUUCAAAAAGUACACUUAAAUUCUCACAUACGUAUUCAUACAGGAGAGAAACCAUAUCACUGUGAUAUCUGUGGUAAAUCAUUCUCUGACGGAAAUGCUUUAAGUACUCACAAACACAUUCAUACUGGAGAGAGACCAUAUCCUUGUAAAAUCUGUGGUAAAUCAUUCAGUAACAGAAGUACAUUAACUGUUCACAAACGUGUUCACACAGGUAAAAAACCAUAUCACUGUGAUGUUUGUGUUAAAUCUUUCUCUAGUGGUCAUGUUUUAAAUACACACAAAUGUAUUCAAAAUGGCAAAAAGUCAUAUCAUUGUAACGUUUGUGGAAAGUUAUUCUCAGUAAAAGUUCAAUUAAGUAAACACAAACACACUCAUACAGGACAGUAGUUGUGCCACUCACAUUUGUUACAAAUCGUUCUCUCAGACCAGUUAUUGAAGAAUUCUCAGAUUUAUUUGUUCAGGAGAGAUACUCUAUCACGUGUGAUAUUUGUGGUUAAUCUCUCACAAAUUACUGUUAUAAGAAAGCAUCAUUGCAUUCAGACAGGAGAAAAACCAUAUUGUUAUAAUAUCUGUGAUACAUUAUUCUCUGUAAGAAGUGCUUUAAGUACUCACAAAUGCAUUGUUACACACACAAAAAAAAACUACACGUGAUUUCUGUGGUAAACCAUUUUCUGAAAAUAAUGAUUUAAGUAAAUUCAGGCAUAUUCAUUGUAAAGAAAAACUAUCACAGUUAUAUCUGUGGAAAGAAAUUCUAUGCAAUAAAUGACUUGUCUAAGUAUAAAGAUACACUUUGUGAAGUGGUUGGUAAAUGAACAGAGAUAUCAGCACUCUAAUGUUGUCAGUGACAUGACAACUUCUUCAGUUCUGGUUCCACAAUAAAAUACGUCCAGUACAAUGUGAAAUUGAUGAUAUGUCAGGCUGGCAGUCAUUAAAACCAUCAUCAUCUUCAUCAUUAUUAUUUAGCUUUUGCUUUCCAUGCUCUCAUGGGUUGAAUUGUUCGAGUGAAACUGGUAAGCUGCACCAAGUUCCAAUCUGAUUUGGCAUGGUUUCUACUGCUGCAUAGAUUAAAGCGAUUUUUUUUUUGAAAAUAUUUUCAAAACGUAUGUAUUAUAUCUGGUUUCAAUAUUUUAGUUUUAAGAAAAGUUAAACCUCUACUAGAAACAGACAGCACCGCAUUUUGUGCUAACAUUGCAGUUGUAAUAUUUGAGUACGAAAGUACGGCUAUGGGCUUAUAAAUCAGCUUCAGUUGUUCGUGGUGAUAAAUUGGGAAUUUAUUCUUGGAGACCCAACGAGCAACUGGAAUGUUGUAGAUGGAUCUCAUUCUAACUGUCAGAUAUUUACUUUAGUGAAAACAUACAACACUGUUUACACCUGAAAACGAACAUCAGAUGACAUUGUCAUUUAUUGUCACUUAAAGAGAAAAGGAAGAUGAUAUACAGAAGUGCUACAAAUCUGUGAGUGUCUCAUUGAGACAGUUACUGAGAGUUAAUUCUUCCAAGUGAAUCAUUUCUCCUGAUUGUCUGGAAGGUUUAUGAGAAGAUUUUGUAUUCUAAUUAAAUUUGGACUGAUUUACAAAGACAUUUACUACCUCUUUCUGAUAACAGUUGAUGGAGUUAUUGCAGUAGAGGGGAAAAUAUCAUAACUGUUGUGUGAAAAUAAAAAAAAGAAUGGAUUUUUCUGAAAAAUUGCCAAAGAAGAAGGAAAAGUCACCAUACUUGUGUGAUAUCUGUCAAAAGACAUUUUCUCUGAAGGGUAAACUUACUCAUCAUAAAAUGAUUCACAGAAAGAGACCACAUUAUUGUGAUACCUGUGGUAAAUCAUUCUCUCAAAUGCAUACCUUAACUACUCACAAACGCAUUCAUACUGAAGAAAAAUCAUAUGAAUGUGAUAUCUGUGCUAAAUCAUUCUCUGAAAGAAAUAGCUUAGCCAAACACAUUGAUAUUCAUACAGGUGAAAAGCCAUAUCACUGUGAUAUCUGUAGCAAAUCAUUCUUGCGUAAACAUUCCUUAGUUAUUCACAAACAGGUCCAUACUGGAGAAAAGCCACACGUAUGUGAUAUCUGUGGUAAAUCUUUCUCUCGAGUACAUCACUUGAUUACUCACAAAAACUUCCACAUAGGGGAAAGACCAUAUAGAUGUAAUAUCUGUGGUCAAUCAUUCACUUUAAAAAGUCACUUAGAAGGUCACAAACGUACUCAUACAGGUGAAAAACCAUAUCGCUGUGAUAUCUGUGGUAAGUCAUUCACUCGAAGUGAUAGCCUAACUUGCCACAUUCGUAUUCAUACAGGUGAGAAACCUUUUCAGUGUAAUAUUUGUGGUGAAUCAUUCUCUGAGAGGGGUAAUUUAGCUAAACACAAAUACCUUCAUACGGGAGAGAAGUCUUAUCACUGUGAUAUCUGUGGAAAAUCAUUCUUUCAAAAAGUACACUUAAAUUCUCACCUACGUAUUCAUACAGGAGAGAAACCAUAUCACUGUGAUAUCUGUGGUAAAUCAUUCAGUAAUGGAAGUUCUUUAACUGUUCACCAUAAACGUGUUCAUACAGGUAAAUAAAUGUAUCACUGUGAUGCUUGUGCUAAAUCAUUCUCUUAUGGUCAUGUUUUAAAUACACACAAAUGUAUUCAAAAUGAUAAAAGCCGUAUCAUCGUAACAUCUAUGGGAAAUCAUUCUCUGUAAAAGUUCAUAUUGAGUAGACAGAAAUACAAUUAUAUAUACAGGACAGUAGCUGUACCACUGUCACGUGUUAUAAAUCAUCCUCUCAAACCAGUCAUUUAAGUAUUUAUAGAUGUAUUUGUACAGGUGAGAUACUCUGUCAGCAUGAUAUUUGUGGUAAAUCUUUCUUACAAAUUACUGAUAUAAGAAAGCACUAUUGCAUUUGAGCAGGAGAAAAACCAUAUCACUGUAAUAUGUGUGAUAAAUCAUUCUCUGUAAGAAGUGCUUUAACUACUCACAAAUGCAUUGUUACAGGGAAAAAACCACAUGGUCAUUAGCACUCAAAUGUUGUCAGAGAUAUGACACUGUCUUCAGUUCUGGUUCCACAAUAAAAUAUGUCCAGUACAAUGUGGGCAGUCAUUAAAACCAUCCACCAAAAAUGGAAAACAGAAGUGAAAUGUUUUUCCUGACUCAUUGAGGACUUUGAAUGAAGCUUUCCUUUUUGUUAUGGUAGCAAUAAUUUAUUAAAUAUAUUGCAUUGGUUAUUCAUUGAUUAGCCGUUAAUAAAAUGACUUGUGUUUUAACAGGA